UUGAGGAAAAUCGACAACUACGUUCUCAGCAGUGCAAGGGUUGUCAGCAGCUUGGAUAUUCAUUGGUUUCAGAUGCGCUGCUGAAGGACAUAGAAAGGGCUUUCAUCAAGUUCCAAGUCUUCCUGGCUGCUAGCGCUAGCACAAAUAGGGAUCCCAUCGAGAAAGUACCACAGGCUGCCAGGCAGUCUGAGGAUGUGCAUAGUGUGACAUGUCCUGGACAACUGCCCAUGGUCGCACCAAGAUAUUCCAGUAGUGUUCGCUCAGGCUCAGGUGAUGACCUGUACUCCACAAGAGAUCACACUGGGGACCCAAGCACACACAGCCGCCCCAUCCUGACUCGUGGACCUGUGCCCACGAGCAAGACCGUGGCAUCAAAACCACCUGUGCCUCCCCAGGCAAAGCCUUUUCAAGUGUUUGUCCAAAGCAAAGCCAAACAGAUCAUUUCAGAGAAGAGAAAUCAAGGUAACAGCAGCACAGCCGACGCCACUUCUUCAGUCACUCGACACAAAGAAGGCCCCAAAAAGAACGCCACUUCAUUCAAGGCAGCUGCAGAGGAGUCCAUACAGGGCAGUCGGCCAAGAAGAACGCUCAGCGACACUUUAGCUGCUCCACUAGAGUCAUCAAAGCGGCUCUCAGAGCUGCUUGGCAUUGAUCAAGUUCCUUCCAAGCUCAUGUCUAGUACACUGGGAUCACCCGAGUUCUUUCCACUGGAAACAUUGGACAGUGAGGCUGGCUCAUUGGGAUACAGGCUUUUGCCAAUCCAGACACUCGUCGAUCAUGCGCAUUCUUCUGGUGCCAUUUUUGCUUGUGCUGAAGCUGAACCAUCAUGUAGCUUGGCACCAGUGCCUUGGUGCAGCCUCCUCCAGAUGAUCUCACUUGCGCGAAUGGGGCAUGCUGCAGCUCGAUAGGUGCAUUUCUGCACACAAAAGCAGUCUUCUCAUACCACUAUAGGGAAUCGACCAAGGAUUAUGUGGAUAAAUCAAAACUACCAUAGAAAUUACAUUUCACUUUUAAAAUUUAUUCAUCAACAAUGUCAGUUUUACAUAAUGUUGCAUACAGUGUUGUUAAACAGUGUCAAUUAACACUGUAUAUCAGUUAACAUGGUGUGUAAUUUAUACAAGUGUUAAUAACUUGCAAACUUCUAGCACUACUGUAUUAAACACUGUGAGAAAAGUGGAAUUCUGUGUUACAGCUACUACAAGAAAAUGAAUCUGGCAGCAUGUAUUGAGAAGUAAAGUACAAAACACAAAUAAAUAUGGCAGGGUAAACAGUUGCAUUCGUCAAAGAAAUCCUGGGAAGUGGCGCAAGCAUCCCGGUGACUGAGCCUAGGAGUCGAGUUUCCAAAAGAAAAGGUUGCACGAAUGUUCAGGUUGAAGCCAGAUCUGCAGAAAAAUUAGUGAAAUAAUGACACGAUGAGAAAAGGAAGUGAUCUCUCAUCUCAACCCCCACUCUCUGCCCCUGAAAUAUUUCUUUUCGUAUGUGGUCUACCUAGCUCCCCUCCCUUGUUCAUCCCC